UUUUUCUCCUAUUUUGACUUGAGAAAUUGGUAUAUUCCCUGUUAUUUCCUUGUUUUUUUUUUCUUCAUUUAGGUAAUAUUUUAACAGUGCUGUGAUCUUUGAUAUCACCAUAAAAAAGGGUCUUUGCCUAAGCAGUCAAAUUCAGAUUUUUUUUUUUCUUCCUUCAGAUCAUUGUUGAAUCAGUUGGUCUUUCUUUACUUUGGUUCUCUCUUCAGCAAGCUUGAUAUACCUAAGUAUAGGAUAUGGUGCGUACACGAGCACUUCUUGCUCAAUGCUUGCCUGGUUUCAUAUCUCAAGACCGAGGGUGUCACGUGUCAGUCAUAUCCGACAAAGAUGUUCAUCUUCCCACACCCGCUGUAGAGAUAGUUCCAUCAAAGGCUGCUCAUCCCUACAAAUAUGCUGGCGAGACUGUAGAUUUGCAAGGAAUCGAUUUCUUCAAGGGUAGAGUCAGUGUUGCUGAUAUAAUUGGGUUUACUGGUUCAGAAACAGUAUCCUCAAAGUCAGAUGGACAUCUUAAAUCUUGGGACAGCUCAAUUGAUCUUGUUAAUGUUCUCAAGCAUGAGAUUCGGGAUGGACAGCUGAGUUUAAGAGGCAAAAGGGUGCUUGAGCUUGGUUGCAGUUAUGGGCUUCCUGGAAUUUUUGCUUGUUUGAAGGGAGCUUCAACAGUUCAUUUUCAAGACCUCAGUGCAGAAACUAUAAGAUGCACGACAAUCCCUAAUGUUUUAGCAAACCUUGAGCAGGCCCGUGAUAGGCAGACCCGCCAACCUGAGAGUCCUUUGACUCCUUCAAGACAGAUUCUUGCUCCAGUGGUUCACUUCUAUGCUGGGGAGUGGGAGGAACUCCACACAGUCUUAUCUGUGGUGAGGAAUGAUAUAUCUGAGGUACCAACAGGAAUGAGCCGUAGUUUGUCAGAGGAGGAUUUCAUGGAUGGUUGUAGUAGCCAAGAGGGGAGCAUACUGGGGCUCGAGUCUUCCUUUAGGAGAUCUAGGAAGCUCUCCGGAAGCAGAGCAUGGGAGAGGGCUAAUGAUGCAGACAAUGCCGAAGGUUAUGAUGUAAUUUUAAUGACUGAACUUCCCUACUCGGUGCCCUCCCUCAAGAAACUAUAUGGGCUUAUAAAAAAGUGUCUGAGGCCUCCCUAUGGAGUAAUAUAUCUGGCUGCGAAAAGGAAUUAUGUGAGCUUUAACAGUGCAGCACGCCAUUUGAGAAGUGUGGUCGACGAGGAAGGUGUUUAUGGUGCCCAUUUAGUGAAAGAGCUAACAGAUCGAGAGAUUUGGAAAUUCUUUUUCAAAUAAAGGACAGUCAACUUCACUACCAAUGCAUUUCUUCAGCAGCCUAAAUUUUAUUCGUCUAACAUUGUUCUUUCUACGCUUUUAUAUUUAUGUUACAAGCUUCAUGUUAAAUUACUUGAGCAUCAUGAUAGUCAAGUAUUAAGAUGAAUGCAUCUCCUGCUGGUCUACUUAUGUAGUUAUUUUUGCUUGUGGACCUUUCUUUUCUUCCGUAUUUGAAGGUGUAAAUUAAAUGUACAUUAUCUUGGUUUAUACAUGAUGUAAUGAUCCUGCAUUUUGGCUAGAUUGAAAUGUCAUAUUAAUCAAUAAUUCCUUUGAUUGGUUUGAAA